AUGCUGAUCUCAUUCAGCCAUACAACCCAUCGUUGCCCCCAAGCAACAUCCUAUCAGGCGGCCACCGCUUCAUCGGAUCAUCGAGGGGACGUGCAAGCCUUGUUGAAGCAAGCCUCAGGCGCUCGUCCGCUCCAUGUGUCGGCUGUGCUGUUGGACCACCGGGGUGACGUGGCGGCGUUCACAAAGCGAGUGCAGGCGCUGCGCGUGCUGCUGGAGGGCGUGCAUGCGCACCAGAGCGGGUGGAGCAUUUGGAAUGGCGACCUGCGCUCGUUCGUGCGGGAGGAGGUGGCCUCACAGGUGCGGCUCCGAUACUCUGAUUUCCUCGACCGCCACAGGUGCGUUCAAGGGCACUCCCCGUGUUGA